UAUAUAUAAUGAUCUAUAGUCUAUAGUGAGUUGAGAAAAAUCAGCUACAUUGUGUACAGUUGUCAGUAUUUCGUGGACUGCGGUAGAAAUAUGACGGAGGAAUUAUCCGGUGUGACAAUAGUUAUAUUUAUAGCUGCUGGUGUAUUGACAAUUUUGUUGCUAUUCAUAUUUGCAAAAAGACAAAUCAUGAGAUUUGCACUGAGAUCAAGACGAGGCCCGCAUAUUCCGAUUGGACAUGACGCUAAGAAGUCGCUGAAAAAAGAAAUUGAGAGGAGAAUAGAAGUCAUUCCGAGAAUUCAGUACGAACCACAACUCAUAAGUGAUCAUAGAUAUAUUUUAGCACCUGGCAGCCAAGUCCCACCACAUUAUUACAGGCUCAAAGCUGUUGAUGAUGUUAAAACCUUAGAAGCUGAAAUAACUAAAUAUGACAAUUGUCUGAAGAGGCAUCCAUCUGAGAAUCUUCGAGCUUACUUGCUCACCAGUCUAGCCGCUCCUUUGAAUGGCAGUGGCCAGAGAAUGAUUCACCAAUUUUGUGAUUUAUACGAACAUGCCAGACAUGAUCCAACGGAAUUUAGCGAUGAAGAAUAUCAAGUUUAUUCUCGCUUGCAUCUCAAACUGAUUGACGCUGCUCGCUUGCUCAAAUCUUAUCCAAGCAGCAGGAAAUCGAGUCCGAGUAGAACACCGAUAAAAAAGAACAUAGAGACGAAAAGAAACAUAUUGGAACCACGGAUGAGACCGUCGCAGGAACAAAUAUUGAGUGGUUCACGUCCGAACACACUUACAGUGAUGUCUCUUGACAAUAAUGAAACAUCAGUGUAGCAUUAUGAGUACCGUCACAUACAACACAUGUGACGAGUGAAAAAUUUAUUCCUGGGAGUCUCGUUUCACCUAUUCACUCAAUGUGAGACCGGCUGAUCGAGCGAAUCGAUUUUGAUCCAUAAAAAGGAAAGAGAAUACAGAAAAUGAAUAAAAUAUCGGUCGUCGGAAAUGGAAAGCCGACAAUCGUAAAACCGACUCUUUCUGAAAAAUUCGUUGAAACCAAUCAUAGUAAAUAAAUUACUACUAAAAAUUUUAUUAAGACACAUCAAAAAAGAUGUGGAACGCCCGAAAAAAGCCGAUUUUUUUCUCGUCUGAUAAAAAAAGUCUUAUUAGUGAGAAUUUGAAAAAAACAUUGAAGGAAUAAAAAACGAAAACAACACGCCGUCAAUUGUCUUACGCAUAAGUUUCGAAACGAUUUGUCUAUCGUAAGAGUGAAUCACAAAUUUCUCGAUAAUGUGUAAAUUUGCAUUAUUGUAAUGUGAGAACAUUUCUUUGUUUCCAUUCGUUUUUUUCCAUUAUCCCGACAACGAUUGAGAUUGUCGAGCCCGAAAUACAAAUUGCAUGAAAAUAAAGAAGUUGUGCGAAUCUCUCGUGCAUUCCAACAA